AUGAGUGAGGUGUUCACAUUACAAAGCAAACAGGAGGAGAGAGACUCGGAAGGUGAAGAGGAUGACAUGACAUGUGGAGACUUGGGAAAUGGACUUGGUAGAAGACCUGGUGGUGUCUAUGAAAUGGAAGGUUUAAAUGUGCACACAUUUAGAUCUAGGAAAGGGUCUGAUAAGAUCUUCAACCCGCUUCUGCUAAAGAAAGGGGAAGAAAGUGAUGCUGCAAUUUUUCACUAUUCAAAAUGCAAUGGUUUGUAUGAUGUGUCAUCCAAAAAGCUUGGAAUAAGUGGCAUUACUAGAUGCAGCCGACAAAAUAGUUCUGAGUCUAAUUCUGACGUGUCAAAUGAAGAAUUAAGGCAACAACUUCGGGAGGCUAUAGAGGAGGUAGAGAUUUUAAAAGUAGAGCUUGAAGCAUCGCAGAGACAACUUGAAGGAAAAGAAGAAGCACUUAAAAUUCUGCAAAAUAUGACAGUGUUUAAUAAAGCCACUAGUCAUACAAAAGCAAUGCUUCAAAAAACUGAGGAACAAAAGAGAGCUUUAGAAAAGGAAAUAAAUGCUUUGCAAUGGGAAAUUGAAUUUGAUCAAGAAAGAUUUAAAAACAUAGAAGAGACAUGGACAGAAAAAUGUGACAGGAUAUAUUGUGAAAAUGCAGCCCUUAAGGAAACAUUGAAACUCAGAACAGAUGAAGUUAGAACUCUUAAAUCUGAAAAUGCAAUUUUGAAUCAACAGCGCUUGGAGUUUCUUGCAAUGCUUGAUGUAAAACAACAGAAGAUUAUUCAGGAAAAUAUGUCCAUUAAUAAAAGUGGCUUUACAGAAAUUACAGGUCUUGAACUGGCGGUUCUUGGAGCCUGCACCUGUAAUGCUUCUGGAGGAGAGCCCUGUUCCUGUGCCAAAAUGUCAGCUGCAACUCGAAAGCAGCUCCUUCAACUCAGACAAGAGUGUGAAGCUCUGAAGAAGAGUAAAGAAGAAGCGUAUAUAAUGGCAGAUGCCUUCAGAAUUGCGUUUGAGCAGCAGUUAAUGCAGAGGAAAGACCAGGCUUUGAGGCUCACACAAGUGAAUAAGAUCUGUAAAAAAGAAACAAAACUUAUAAACUGGAAACGCCUGAAAGAGGAUGGACUUGUGAUGUUGCAAGGGAACAAGAAAAAUCUGGGACAAAAGUUGACGGGCAUGCUUAUUUCUGAUGCUGACUGCAGGAAAAUGGAAGAAUUGGAUAAUCCUCAUGAAAUCCUUAGGAUGCUAAUAGAUUUGCUGAAUGAUAAAGAAGAGGCUUUGGCUCAUCAAAGAAAGGUUAGUUAUAUGCUGGCUCGUGCAAUGGAGGAAAAAGAAGAUGCAUCAAAGCAGAGUAACGAAAACAAUCUUUCAGGAGAAAACAUUACUCUGAAGAACCAUCAGGAUACAGCUUCAGAAUCUCAAGAGUCAACUGAGCUUGAAUAUUCAUGUUGCCAAAAUCUUGGCUCUCAGGACAACACUUUCUCAAUUCUCAACACAAAAAUAUAUCAAAAAUCAGCAAGACCACUUAAAAAAUCACAUUCCUGGCCAUCCAGGAAUUUAAAAGAAAAUUAUGUGCAAGGGAUAGAUGAAACUACAGAUAUGAAUUGUACAUAUCAAGAGCACUCAGAAUUAAAAAAUAACUUGUGA